AUGGAAAAUGAGAUAAAAGAAGAAAAUUUGGAUAAUUUUUUAUCUCAAUUAAAUAAAUUAAAUCAAAUAAUAACCUCAUUUAAAGAAAGUUGUAAAAUAGCAUCUUAUUGUUUUGAUAAAUGUGUUAGUUAUCCAGAAAAAAGUUUAAGUAACUCUAAUAAAAAAUGUAUUUGGAAUUGUACUCAAAGAUAUCUAGAAUGUGAUCAUUUUAUAAAAAAUAGAUCAAAAGAUAAAAGUAUAUCUAAUUUCAAUUUAUCAAAUGAUAUUAAUAAAUUAUCAAAACUUAGUAACUUAAGCGAUGACUCAGAAUAUAUCUUGAAAGAUUAA